UUCCCAGUCCAUACCAUUCACACUGGUGACCUGGCCUGACUCUCAACCAUGAGACUGCAACUUAUUUUGACUCUCUUUGCACUUCACCUACUCUGCUCUGAUGGUGCCAGGAUAAAAAUCAUAAAUGGAGAUGUAGCUAAACCACAUUCCAGACCGUACAUGGCUGUGAUAAAGUUUGAAACAAAAUAUGAAGAAAUGAUAUGUGGAGGAAGUUUAAUACACCCUAGAUGGGUGCUGACUGCUGCUCACUGUAUCAAGCCUGGAAGUGUUACAACUGUUAUUCUUGGUGCUCAUGCCAAGGACAAUAAGGAGAAACAACAGCAAGUGUUUCGUUAUCCCAGGAGUUAUACGCACCCUCUCUAUAACAACACCCGUUAUUAUAAUGAUCUUAAACUAUAUAGGUUAUCUUCUGCAGCUAAGCUGGGAAAAGCUGUUCAACUUCUACCUCUGCCAGAAACAUUUGAUGACCUAAAUGAGGGGACUGUAUGUGAAGCAGCGGGAUGGGGAAAGACAGAGAUAGAUGAUGAUUCAGAAUAUCUGCUGCAAGUUAAUAUCACUGUCCUAAACAGAGAAAGAUGCGCUGAACACUAUAUAAGUAAAGAAUAUGAAAUAACAGAAAAUAUGAUGUGUACUAAGGUGGGACCUCGAGGACAGGAUACCUGUAGUGGGGAUUCAGGUGGUCCUUUAAUCUGCAAUGGAGUUUUCUCAGGACUGACAUCAUUUGGGCCAAGAAAAUGUGGACAACCUAAUGAGGCCUCCGUCUUUACUCGCCUAACCCAGGAAUACAUCGAUUGGAUACAUAGCAUGAUCAACAAAUAGUACCAAACGUGCUUUAAAUACAGUAUAAUCAUUAUUUUUCAAAUGCUUUAUCAAUCAAAUUAGGUCUUUAUGGAAGAAUCUUUUUUUCUUUCUUUUCCUUUUUUUGGAUUCAUCAGAGACUCUAUCAGGUAUUUGAAUUUUUUUCUUGUAGCGUGUUUCCUUUUGCUAUUUUUUAUUCACUUGCAUGGUGGCUUUAAACUUGCUGGAUAAUUCAACCACUCCAAUCAAUCCCAUCAAUUACCUAGCACAGCCAAAGCUCCCCCUCCCUCUUGCCAUAUCAUAGCUUUUCUCUCUUCUGGGAGUGUCUAAUUACUGACUGUGCUGGCCCAGCUCCUAUGACCUUCAUCUUACCUACUUAUGUAAACUUUUUUAUAGCUGCUAGAGAAGUGAGGAGGAAUACUAUAGGGUGUCACUUGAAUGACAGCUGAGUCUGCUUACAUUCUAAAUCCAGCAGUCGCCUCCGGCCCUUUGGGUAGAUACACAAAAAAACAGUAAAAGCAUAUAUAUAUAUAAAAUCUCACGAGAAUAUUAUUGGUCUGACAACAGGGCAUUUUUAAAGCCUAAAUUUA